AUGCCAAUGUCUUCACUCAGCUUCAUAGCUUAUCUCUUAUCUGCUUUCUCUUGUGCUGUUCUGUCUGCGCUCUUUCUUACCAACCAUAUCCAUGAUGGUCAUAAAGCAAAUUUGUUAGCAUCCCGUGUCUCUGGAACACUUCAAGUUUGGCCCGAUUUGAAGCCAAGUUGGAGACUUGUAUUGGCUACGGUUGUUGGGUUUCUUGGAUCAGCAUGUGGAACCGUUGGUGGCGUUGGAGGAGGAGGCAUUUUUGUUCCUAUGCUCAAUCUGCUUCUUGGCUUUGAUACUAAGUCUGCUGCUGCUCUUUCUAAAUGUAUGAUUAUGGGAGCAUCAGCAUCAUCGGUUUGGUACAAUGUGAGAGUUCCCCAUCCAACUAAAGAGGUGCCUAUAUUAGACUAUGAUCUGGCGCUUCUGUUUCAGCCUAUGCUCAUGCUUGGAAUCACAGUUGGUGUUGCUCUCAGUGUUGUCUUCCCCUACUGGCUUAUUACUGUUCUCAUCAUCAUUCUUUUCGUAGGGACUUCUUCAAGGUCUUUCUUCAAAGGAAUGGAGAUGUGGAGGGAAGAGACUAUUCUCAAGAAAGAAAAGACCAAGCAACGAGCGACUUUGAUUAAUUCCCAUGAUGAAGAUAAGACAGUUAGAAUCGACACAAAAUAUGAGCCUUUGAUUCCUAAAGAAGAGAAGUCAACUAUAGAAAUUUUAUGUCUCAACCUUAGGUGGAAAAGGAUUCUAGCACUGAUUUUGGUGUGGGCUGGUUUCCUAUUAGUUCAAAUCAUCAAGAAUGAUGUAGAGACCUGCAGUAUAUGGUAUUGGGUGCUUUUCGGUUUGCAGUUUCCAAUUGCACUUUUGGUGUUUGGCUAUGAAGCAGUGAAGUUGUACAAGGAGCACAAAAGGAGGAUGAUCACAGGGAACAUGGAAUGCAUCUGUGGAGCUUCUAUAGAAUGGACUGCUAUGAACCUAGCAUUUUGUGCAUUGUGUGGCAUUGUAGGGGGAAUUGUGGGAGGCCUACUUGGUUCUGGAGGUGGAUUUGUUUUGGGACCUCUUCUUCUAGAGAUUGGUGUCAUUCCUCAGGUUGCUAGUGCAACAGCAACAUUUGUGAUGAUGUUUUCCUCAUCUCUGUCUGUGGUUGAAUUCUACCUGCUCAAGAGGUUUCCCAUUCCUUAUGCAUUAUACCUCACCUCAGUUUGUAUUUUGGCUGGCUUCUGGGGACAGUUCUUUGUAAGAAGAUUUGUUGCAUUUCUUGGGAGAGCAUCAAUCAUUGUAUACAUCCUCUCAGGUGUCAUAUUUGCUAGUGCUCUCACCAUGGGUGUGGUUGGCAUUGAAAACAGCAUCCAAAUGAUAAACAACCACGAGUUCAUGGGAUUCUUAGGCUUCUGUUCCAGCCAGUGA